UUUUUUUUUUAACUUUUUCUUUUAACGUAACCCAUUUAUAUCCUUUUCAAAGCAGAUCAUUGUCAUGUUUUUAACUCGUUCUGAAUACGAUCGUGGUGUCAAUACUUUUUCCCCAGAAGGUCGUCUCUUCCAAGUUGAAUAUGCUAUCGAAGCCAUCAAGCUCGGUACCACUGCUAUUGGUAUUCAAACUUCAGAAGGUGUUAUUCUUGCCGUUGAAAAACGAGUAUCAUCAAAAUUACUGGAGGCAAGUUCUAUCGAAAAGAUUAUGGAAAUCGAUGUCAAUUUGGGUUGUGCUGUUAGUGGAAUGACGGCUGAUGCUCGUACUAUGAUUGAACAUGCUCGUGUGGCUGCCCAGAAUCAUCGUUUUGCUUACAAUGAAUCUCUCAAAGUGGAAAGUGUGACGCAAAGCGUAUGUGAUUUAGCAUUACGUUUUGGUGAAGGUGCAGAAGGUGAAGAAUCUAUCAUGAGUCGACCAUUUGGUGUUGCCUUACUCAUUGCUGGUGUAGAUGAAAAAGGACCUCAAUUGUUCCAUGCUGAUCCAUCAGGUACGUUCAUGAAAUAUCAAGCCAAGGCUAUUGGAUCAGGAUCUGAAGGCGCUCAAACUGAAUUGCAAAAGGAGUAUCACAAGUCUAUUACUCUUGAAGAAGCAGAAACACUCUCAUUGACAGUAUUGAAAUCGGUGAUGGAAGAAAAAUUGAACAAGUCAAAUGUGCAGUUGGCAUCGGUGACUGUUAAGGACAAUUUUAGAAUUUAUAGUGAAGCUGAAUUACAAGCAGUGAUUGAUCGUUUGUAACAAUGUUAGUUCAAGUUUAUCCGCUAUGUGAUUCUCGUAUUAUAUAUAUAUAUAUCAAUAAAAAGAUUUUUUUUGGGUGUUUGACUUUUUUUUUUU